AUGAAAUUUACUAGAUUAAAAUCAUUUAGAAGCAAAAUUUUGGUGACUAUUAUAAUAACAAUAAUCUAUUUUGUUUAUACUAUUAGAAAAAAAUUUAUUGUAUCUUCUCCAUGUUCUCAUCUCUAUAAUGUGAAUUCAUUUCAAAUAUGUGCUUUAUCGAAGAAAAUUUGCAACAUAACUAUUUUACUCAAUUCUUAUAAUAAGUAUCGAAAUUGCAUUAUUAAAUAUUCAUAUACUGAUGUAGAUUUUGUUGUGUUUGAUGCAGUUAAUGGUUUAGGUAAUCGUGUUCUUGGUUUAAUAGCUGUCACUACGUAUGCUCUUGUGACCAGCCGUGUUCUUCUAAUUAACUGGCAACCAGGUGACAACCAUCAAGUUUAUUUUGAAGAUCUUUUUUUACCAAUAUCCGACAAGGUUCCUUUUUCUUAUCAAUAUUCAUUAGCCAGAUUAGCCAACCUUAUUAGAAAUAGAUGGAUAAAUGAAAUCGAACAUAAAACAAAAGACAGUCAAAUACCCACCGAUUGGGCAUUCUAUUUUGAUCGUGAGAUUUUAUGCAAUAAUAAAGUAUAUAGUCAAUCAUGGUUCAAAUGGUUGAGAUUUUAUAUUUUAAAUUUUAUUAGUCAUCGUGUUAAAUGGAUUCGAACUGAUCAAUAUUUUGUACCGUUAUUGAAACGAAAUGAAAAGACAAAACAAGCAUUCGUUACACUUUUUCAAAAUGGACAAGUUUUUUCUGAAUUAGCAAAAAGUCUUUUACAUCCUGUGCCGAAAGUUAAUUCAAUUAUCGAAAACUUUCAAACAAAAUAUAAUUUAGAGAAUCAUUAUGUUGCGAUUGGAGUUCAUAUGCGCAGUUGGUCAACAAAUAUGAUCGAUCACAUUGAGCCAUUUCAAAAAUGUAUUGAGCAUGUUAUGCAGAAUGUUAGUAAAUCUAGUAAAGAAGAAAUCCAAAUUCGCCUCUAUAUAAUUUCAAACGUUCAACAACGUCGACAACAACUAGAAAAUCAUAUUUCAAGAAUGUAUAAAAAUGUAGAAAUUCUUAAAGUACCAGAAACUCAUAAAGACGCUAAUGUAGUUGAAAAGAUGCAAUAUACUUUGGCAGAAUUGCUGAUAUUAUCGAAAAUGAAACAUUUAAUUGUCACAUCAAAAUCAACAUUCGGUAUGAUUGCUCAAGGUUUAGCAGGUAAGGGUGCCUGGAUAGUACGACAAGGCGCACCACAAGAGCUACAAAACAUUAAAUCAGACCAUUGUGAAUGGGAAUCGUCUAGUGAACCAGAAUAUCAAAUGAUGGGAUCCCUUCAAACUAAUGAUAAUUGUUCCCAGCACGGUGCAUCUAUGCCAAGUAUUGGAGAACGAACUGUUGUUUAA